CGGAGACAAUAUGGUCUCGUACUGAAAUCAAGAGGUUUCUACACCGGCUACGAUGCAUCUGUUGAUCCGUCCAUCGCAAACAGCUUCGCAACGGCUGCUUUAAGAUAUGGACACAGCACUGUUGGAAACAUCUACAAACCCUGCACACCCACAGCUGAUUUUCAUAACCCUGCUCCGCUGUACGCCGAGAACGGUGUUGAUGCUAUAUUACGAGGCCUUCUUUAUCAACCUGCUAGGGAAGUGGAUAGGUACUGUAUGUGAAAUGAUGCAUGCAUAAUACUUACAUACUGUGUCUACAGGUAGACUACAGGUAGCGACUCCUGAAGGAGAAUCAUGAGGUUAUCCCUAUUUUAAGAACUCUCUUCACAGACAACUCAAACCCCGACCUGCCGCUCAGCAGACCGGCACUCUCCCAACUGAUUCAUCAGGCGGCGGUGAAUGAAUAUAUACUAACAUAUGAAAUUCAUACAUUGGAACCGCGGAAUGAAAAAAUAAACACAAAAAAGAUCAUCACAAUUAAAACGCUACUUAUGCAGUUGCAAAAAGAAAGCCUUAAAAAUUUAGGCUUCCCCCGCGAUUCGGACCCUGGCCUUCUGCGAUACCGGUGCAGCGUUGUAACCAACUGAGUUAGCAAACCAACUGGGACCUGGAAGAGUAUUGCCAGCGUAUAGCGCCGGCCGAAUUGUUAUGUCUGGGGUACUUUGUUGGGCUCCGCCGCCAAAAACUGCGCAACACGCCUCGGCUAAUUUUGCUAGGAGUUCAGCACAAGCUAAGUAUUGUACCGUUUAUUUUCUUAGCCGUAGUCUGUUUUUAGUGAGGUUAUCUUAAUAUCACACAGAACUAGCCUAGUCCCUAGCUGUGACGUCACCGAGAGAGACUCGCCGAGAACGCUAAAAUUAGGGGUAUUUUGGCAAUAUCUGCUUGGCGUUUUCUCGCCCGCUCUUUCCCAGUCUUCGCGGGGGCAACGGGGCAACAUAGAACGCCUAGAGAUUAGGCUGACAGAACUUAAAGUUGAGAGAGGAGAGGUAUUCAUUUAUAGAACUGAACUAGCUAAGAUAAAUUGAUUUCCUUAUACAGUAUGUCCGGUUAAUGAUGUCUUCUUGCGGAAAAAAGAUCUUAGUUGAAUAUAAAUCAGCGUUUUGCGGAUCACUUUCAUCACUUAAGGCAGGCGCCCUUGACAGAAACCCUCUCUUUACUAAACGAUAAUUUAUUCAAAGCAUUGAAAAAUACUCUAAGGUUUUACUGGGGAAAGCUUCCAUGCAAGGAACACCCUCGUGACCAGGACAGGCUAAGUGUGUCUUGAUACUAAUACAAACAUGACUCUAUCGAUUUUUUUUUUCGGGUGCAAAGUUUUUGUCCCCAGGUUUUGCACUAAAUAGGUUAGAGGUACCGGCUUAUUUACUCGAUUAAGUAACGCAGCGCUUGUUAAAUUUUUCUUCUUCUCUGUGCGGUGCUUAUUGAAGGUGGCACUCACUUAAAAAUUUGUUUUCAUUCGCGAAUAAUCAUUAAUAGUCAUGUCUGUCAAGCUAACAAAAGCCCUAUUCACAAAGGAUAGCACUCAGAUCCAUUAGCCGCCGACCACAUUCAAUUUAUACUUUUCAUUACUUGCCUUCAUUUCGAAGGUUCUUCUCAUGGGCAGUCACUCAGAAAUUCAAGCCUGGACCAAACCAGAUCGCUGAUCUUGUUGCUAUAAAUAUACAGCGAGGGAGAGAUCAUGGCCUCCCCGCCUUUGGCGAUUUCAAUGCACACUUCGACGUUAACAAUGUUAAUAUCCCAGGUGACUUAAAGAAUAUGCUGAAAGAGUUAUACGGCUCGGAUUUGAGUCAAGUUGAUUUAUAUGUUGGCGGACUACUUUUAGAAAAUCCCACCUAUGGCUCACAUGUGGGGCCUACCUUCGCUCGCAUUUUAGCUGAAGGAUUCAGGUAAGCUUAGUUAUUGAUUAGUGAAACAGCUCAUCUUAUAGUACGCCGAGUGAUAUGCGUCAGGAAUAAAACCGUCGCGUAUGCAAAAAGAAGUGGGGGUACAAAAGAUAGGCCUCUGGCGCCCGAUCUCUCGCGGCUUUGCCGCCUCCGCUCGCCGUUUCAAAUUUCUUUUUCGUGAAUAUUCUUUGUCAUCUUUAGGAGGCUUUGAAUAAUCUUUUGCAUAAUGGAAAGCACUAAACCAGCUCACCACAGAGUUACCAUCAGUUUUCUUUUUAUCUAUCUAGCCACUUCGAUAUGUAACACUAAGAAAAAGAAAUAUAGAGAUUUACGAGGAAACUGUGCUUGAAAGCCCAAUGAAACCACGAAGCUUUUGCAACGCCGUUGUGGGCUUUCUUUUUGUUUCUGGCUCUACUAAAUUGCCAAAAAACCACCAAAUAUUAAUUGAACCGCGGUGGCAGAGUAAUAAUACGAAGUAAUAAAAUUAUAAAGAAAAAGUAAGAAAAAAAACAAAAGCAAAUAAAAGGGAAAAAAGGGAGGGGUUCGAUGGAAAUAAGCUAGUUAAGCAAGGAGCUUUUGCUUCAGUUUGUUCUUAAAAGCUGAUAAACUGACUGAGCUUUGAAUGUCUGGGCUUAAAGAAAUUAAAGGCGCGAAUGUUUGUAAAGCGAGUCUAAAACCAAGAGAGAAUUGGCAACUAGCAAGCGGCAUUACAUUUAGACAAAUAGGAAUACCUCCAAACAUGGUCCUCAGUUUUCGGUUAGAACUUCCGGAAACGAUCUAGCUUGGCAUGAACUUUUGAUCCGGAAUAUUAAUUUCCGGAAGUUUUGGCUCAAUGGUAAAGACUAAGCGUAUCACAUUUUCACUGAUUUCAGGAAUUUAAGAAAAGGUGACCGCUUCUGGUACGAAACAAACGAAAAGGGAGUUGGAUUUUCCCUUGCACAGCUGACGGAAAUAAGAAAAGUUAGCUUAGCUAGGAUCGUUUGUGACAACAGUGGUCUAUCGUAUGUUCAGCCUAAGGUAAUGAAAAAGAGAAACUGGUCGAGAAACAGAAAAGUUAGGUGUGGCAGUCUUCCUGAAAUGGACCUAACCAAAUGGAGUGAUCGGUCGGUAAGAUAGUUGAUUUCAAGUAACUUAAUUAUUCAAUAGUUGUUUAGAGAAGCGGUAGAGAGAUGCUCGCGACGGGUGACGGUAAGGAGGAAGGCCCUUUUUCUUGUCAUUGUCCCCUUUGUUAAUGGCCCAUUUCAUUAUGGAUUAAAGUUAUAUUAACUGCAGCGAAUGAUCAAAAUUUCCACCUGUUCCUUCGUUGAAUUAUUUAUUUUUUACCCAGAUCCCCGCAAUACCGCGUUCUUUGCGCUUCGAUGAUAUCCCCCAAUGAGAAACCUUACAUAAACAGCCAUCUUCCCGCCAUUUAGGUUCCUUUCCACUACUAUGUAUCAAAUAUUCGUUAUGUAAAAGGAUAAAAGAAAAUAGGUAUUAAUGAUUUUUACGAACAAUCACUGACAAUAACACAAUAUACCUAACCUCAGACUUGUUUUGGACUUUGCAGAUCAAUGAAAUCACAAAUUCCGAGAGCGAUCUUUCUGAUGACAUUACGCUAAGCGACUUUUGA